UCGAAGACGGCGUACUUUGUGGUUUAAGAGUCCAGCGUGUCGAUCUUGUCGAUGAGCCACGUGUAUUCGGUGACUGUCAAAUCUUUCUCAUUGACCGGAGAAUGAAAUUUUGUGCAGUUUGAAUAUAUCAAGAUAAAAAUAUAUUCUAUCGUAUCUCCGGCUAGUAUCGCGUUUCUUCGAUUGCUUUUGUCGAAAGUGACGCCACGAAAAAUCUAUCAGAAACGCCAAAAAAGGCUUCCAUAUUUUAUGAUUUUACUCGUUUGAUUUUAAACGCAUCUACGUUCUUAAAAUGAAUUUAAAGAGCCUUAAGAAUAAACUGAAAGAUGAUACGUUGGAUCUUAGUUUAUGCGACCUAAAAGAAGUGCCUGUCAAAGAAAUCGAAACUGUCAUGAAAGCGACGCAUUUGGAUUUAUCAAAUAAUCUAUUAGUUUCGUUGCCUAGCACUUUUGUCAGUCUCAAGCAAAUAAUUAAGUUGGAUCUCAGUAGAAACAUGUUAACAGAAAUUCCUGAGAAUUUCGGCGAAUUAAAACAGUUGAGGCAUUUAGAUCUAUACGCGAAUCAGAUAAGCAGACUACCGCUUAGCUUCAGCGAAUUGAAGAACUUACGGUGGUUAGAUUUAAAGGAAAAUCCUUUAGCCCCAGCGGUAGCCAGUGUGGCCGGUCCUUGCAGUAAUUUGAGUGAAUGUCAAGCUUGCGCCCGCAACAUCGUUGCGCAUUUGUCACUUAUAAAGCUCACUGUUGAAGAAGAAAAAUUGCGCCGAUUAAACACUGUCUCGAAUAAUAACGCAGCGACGGACAAUUUGUUACCGAAGAAAGCGGGAAAAAAGAAGAAGAAGAAGACGACCGGGAAAGACAGUAAAGAGAAUUUAGAGAAAAGUGAACCGAUAUCACCAAGCGACGAACCGCAAGUAGAAAGGGAUACCGUGGAAAUUUCAGCGAAUGUACAGAAUCAUCGGACCACCGGCGAAAAACGUGCGUUGACGAAAGGUAACUUUUUCAGGUAUAUCGUGUCCAAGAUUGCAUGGCUUUUCUUUCUUGGUUUCAUCAUUGGCGUUCUACUGAUGGUAAUUCUUUCAAUCUAUUCGGAGCAAUGCGACACAUUUGUGAAUUACGUAGAGAGGAACACGGGUGUACCACUGAAGGCAUUCCAGAGGCACAGUAUGGAUAUAUUCCGGUCCUCCGUGUUGCUCGUAAGUACGUGGACUAAAAACGUAUACAAUGACUUGUACCACGCCUACGAAACUGGAUUCCGAGAGAAUUCCAGCGAACCAUCGAGUGAAUAGACAUUUUAUGAAUAUACGAAAUCGAACGGUUUCUCAAGUUCCUUGAGCAUGUAAGACGGGGAUGAAUAUGUUAAACGCGCAUUACACGUAGGAAUUAU